AUGGAGUUCGUGAAUUUUCUUUUGCGAGGAGCACUUCUUCGGGGUCUAAUAGUUCAAAUUUCUCCGUUUCUUCUGUCAGUGGAUGUUGGUUAUCACACCACUCUUCUGGUUCAUAAGGUAAAGGUGUUGGAGGUUGUGGAGAAACAGCAUAGAGUAGAUCAGGACUUCCAGCAUGCAGGGGAUUUGCAGUAUAAAUCUCUGCGUUUCUCCCGUUCAUGGAGGAGGAACCGUUUCCAUUCAGCCCUUUGUCUAAAAGAAAUUUCGCAGGAUGGUCGUCUGAAACGGGCUUCCGGCUUGCCGAAGCCAUCAUUCCUCUUUGCCUCAUUCGUCUUCUGCCUUCGCUGGAAGAAUCCGCAGCAGUAUAGAGAUGCGAUGAGUCCAAAGAGAAGCAUAAUUCCACAAACAAUACCAACAAUAAUCGGCCAGAGUGGGAUUCUGGAGCGGUAUUUUCCUGGCACUCCCCGAAACACGACUAUUUGUGGAAGCUCAUAAAAUGGUGAUUCAUCCGGAAAAUCGAACCGCGCUUCGGGAUAGUUGAGAAGGACCUUUGGUGGCUCUCCCCAAUCCAAAAUACUCAGUUUGGUCACGAACUUGACAUCAGGAAGCUGCUUUUUGAAGAAAGUGGGUGUCCAUAGCCAUCCCGUUAGACUGACACGAACUGUACCUGCUCGAGGAAGUUUAUUGAGUCUGCAAACAACUCUAGCGCAGACGAUAUUGAAAUCCAGCUCAUUUCCGUAA